AUGACGGCUAUCUUCCCUUCCCGCACCCUGGCUCUGAGCCGCCCCUGCAAGACUGCCCGCACGAUGUCCCGGGCAACUGUGAAGGUCAAGGCAUACCAGGUGACGCUUAGGAUGCCAUCAGGAAAGACCCGCACGCUUGAGGUUGCGCCGGAUGAGGCCAUUUUCGAUGCCAUUGAUCGGACUGACCUGGACCUGCCAUACCUGUGCCGCAGCGGCACCUGCGGAACCUGCGCUGGUCGCGUGCAAUCCGGUCAUGUGGAGCAAAUUUCCCAGCACAUUCUGGAUGAUGACCAGGUCAAGGCGGGCUUUGUGCUGCUGUGCUCGUCGUACCCGCGUUCGGACUGCACCAUCCUGACCAACCAGGAGGAGCGACUCCACACUACCGAGUACGGCAAGCACUAA